AUGGUUCUUAAGUUCAAAUCAGUGCAAUAUGUUAUCAUCUUUACAAUUUACUUAUUGGACGAAUUUCAUCAGACUUCCCCUCAGAAUGAGACUGAAUAUAAAACAAUCUCGUCGUCUAAAUCCAUCGAGGAACCAGGAAAAUCAACAGCUGUAUCAGCAAAGCAGAACAGUUCCGGCAACAACAAUGAAUCAAUAUUUUUAACUUUGCUGCCUCAAAACAACUUAAGUGUGCAAUCAACACAUACAGUGCUUCAAGUGAAUUCAACGCCGAUACCAACUUUGGAUCCACAGACAAAUUCAAUUGUACAAUCGACAACAUUACCUCUUCAACACAAUUUAACCGUUCAACCCACAGCCACGACUAAAGCGGUACAAAAUCCCUCUGAAGAACAAACAAAAUCAACCGCAAAUGCCACAACUCAAGUGACUUCAACGCCGAUACCAACUUCGGAUCCGCAGACAAAUUCAAUUGAACAAUCGACAACAUUACCUCUUCAACACAAUUUAACCGUUCAACCCACAGCCACGACUAAAGCGGUGCAAAAUCCCUCAGAAGAACAAACAAAAUCAACCGCAAACGCAACAACUCAAGUGACUUCAAUGCCGAUACCACCAUGGGUACCACAACCGAUAACUUACUCACCAUCAAACACAGGUAUCGACCUAUGAUUUAUUUCAUUUAACAUUUGCUAUUCAGUUAGGUAUUCGAGUGACUUAAAACUCAAUUCAUGCUCACAGCUAAUAAUACUCUCAUAAUUAAACUGGUUCAAGGUCUAACUACACUGCGGAUGAUGAAGUCAUGAUUUAACUUGCAGAUUCUAUCGUACUAAGAAAGUGGUCAUGAAGCUUCUACGAGCAUCUUUUAAUGGCUUUUUAAAACGUCUUAAGACAUUUUUUGCGAAGUUGGCACUGGGGCCGUAUUGAGAGAGUUAUCUCCUACUGACAGUUAUCAGUACUCACGUUACUGUCCAGUUUUACCUAAAAAAAAAAAAGAUCCAAGGCAAUGGAAACACUUUUCCUAGCAAGAUAUCGCGCAGAAGUCCCCCCUCUAAUAACGUUUCUAUUUAUAAAAGUAGACUGGCGAAGGCUUCCAAAAGGGAUAAAUGAUAACGUUUUAGCGUUUAAAAAUUAUGAAAAAUUACGUGGGGAGAAAGUUUCACGGGUGUGAUAAACUGAUAUCAUUAUAAGAAGCGGGCACGUUCGCGAUUCGAAUUUCAAUGCGCUGACUUCAACCAUAUGUCUUGAGCCAUUAUCGGUGAAACACGUGUAUAUGAAAAUUGCUGAUUUAUCUCUGCUCCAUAGCGGGUGUGCGAUUUGCCUUUCGGAGGAAACAGUACAAUUUUGACCUCAAUCUCCUGAACAAAGACUCGGAAGUUUAUAUAAACUUCGAGACGGAGCUCUUUUACGAGGUAAGGCAAUCCCUUAACAGUUCAUCAUGUAACGUGAUGUAAAGUAAAAAUGUAUCAAUAGAGUUUCACGCUGGGAUUCCUCGCUUCACUUUUGUUUUACUAUUCCCUCACAUAUGUCGACCAGCAGUAAACGUAGUCGACAAAUCCCAAUCAACACUACAACUUAUCGUUGUACUUCACCUCUAUGAACAACCAAAACCGUAGUAUCGAUGUAAAGAAAGAGUGGUUGAAGAGUCUGUUUAAGAGAGGACCGGGCAGGCGUGACACAUGCCAUCUUACCGAUUUCUUUCAAACUUUCACAGUUUAUGAGGGUCACUAAGUUAUUCAAGAAUCCAAAGUGGUUCGGACUCCCGGCUCAUCCCUGGGGUAUAAGAGCCCCCCAUUAAAUCCCUGGAGUAAAAGGCUAAAAUAAGCUCGAAAAAAUGCACUUCCAACGAAUCUCUCUCACGCUAACAGAAUGCGAUGGAUUUUAAUCUCAUUAUGUCCAAUGGUUGCUUGAACCUUGGGGAAACAAUUCCUUAAAGUUGAGGUAAUUUGAUAUAACUUCUACCAAUUUAGAGCAGUUGAUCAUUAACUGUGUCACGCAAUGGGCAAUAUUGUAUGUUGACAAAUAUACCAUCACAGGAAAGACCUAUCUUAACACGACGUUUGUGGGCAAAACAAUUUUUGGCCUCUGUAAAAGAUUAGUGAUCACUUCCCUCUGAAAUACGUGACCUCUGACGUUAAUUUAUGCAAUUUUUGGUCAUAAACUGAUGUUUAUUCAUUCAAUUUCAAUUUGAGAAUGGGACCGCCGACGCUAGUUUUCGUGGUACUUAUAUCUGAAAACGACAGAUGUAUAGCUGCCGAGCUAAAGAGUCACUUAUCAUAGAAAUUCUGUAACGCUGAAACAAUCUAUUGGAAAAAAUGAUCUAUAAAUGUAUGUAUAUAUCAUACAUUGAACAUUACAGGAUUGAGUAAUGGACGUCGUCAGUUCAUAGCGACGUUUGACGAUGUUUGGUGAUAAACAUUAGUUUGUUAGUCAAUUAGUGGUGAAAGUCCUUCGGUAUGAAAAAAGUCUGUAGCUAAAACUUUACUCAGGAGGGCUGACUGUCUAUCAUCUUCACUUGAUUCGAAGGCUGAGGAGAGAAAUAUGCUUCGGAGGUCUUAAAGCUAAAUGGCUCUACCAUAACAUUUCUCCGUAACUGCCACAAACCACUUACAACUAGUAACACUCCGGAUGAGAAGGAGCCAGCGACUGGUUUUGCCGUUAUUCCAUUCAGGGUGUAA